AUGAGCCCUGCUGCAGAUCCCAGUGAAGCUCCGUCACAACGGAAGAUGGCCGAAUAUGGCAUCGAAAGCGGAACCAAUGGGAGCCUGAAAGUUGAGAAACAAUCUUUGUUCAAUUCUAUCGCGGGGACACGCAGUCGUGUAGAUACUCCCAUGACACAGUUCAACGGCGAGGCUGACGAACACCCAACCAAUGGAGACAAUGACACAGGAGGACAACGGAGACGCGAUACGACCUCCGAAUGCCACCUUACCAACGAAGGGCAUAAAAUGGCAGACCCGGAACCAGAGCAGGGACUCGGCAUCCUAGUCGAGCACCCACCGAACAACGGAGAUAAUGUUGGCCAGUUGUCGGUAGUGGAUGUGUACGAUGACCCCAAGGUCAAGGUUGUUUUGGCUGAGUUGACUAAUGAUAUGUCCCACCGACUACCCGAGGACAACGAUAAGGUUGUGAAGUUGUCUCCUGAGAAGAUCCAGGCGCUCACGUCCUCCCCGGAAUCAAUACCUUUCGGUCCUGUGGGAUCAGAAACGAACACUGGAAGGAGAGUAGCGUCAGACAACGUUCAUGGGAAUGCCCCUCUCGCGCCACCGGAGAUGCCGGACUUUGCGCUUCGCUCACUGAGCGAAAAGCCUUCCCCCUCGGAUGUUUUGCCAAAGUUGCGACCGACUAAAGAAGUGUUGCUGGGAGAUGCUUCUGUGCCGGCGAGUCCUGCCUUUCCACGAAAUACUCAAAAUCCCCCCUCCGCAAUAGGCCGCACCCCGCACGAACGCUCCACGCGGCGUCAAUUACCUGUGACCCCAGGUAAUGACCGCCUAACCCAGACAUGGGCAUCGCGCUCGAAACAGGACCGACCCGCGCUGGACCGCGAGUUGAAGAAUCACCUUAUCCCAUCACCUCAGAUAAUAGAAUCGCCUAUGCCCUCACCUUUGCCGUCGUCUAUCCCCUUGCCGCCAGUUUCUCUGCCAACUUAUCUUCAGCUCGAGCUUGCUUCUGGUCGACCUUCACCACUGUACAUACACCGCGACGCAGCCAACGACUUCCCCUAUGAAUCAUCAGCAGUUAAGAUCGAGAGGCUUAUGAACUUUAUUAUGCUUGCUCCUAUGCUCGAGCAGGUACUUUGCUUUGGCAGUCUUGCCUGCCUUGAUGCAUGGCUUUACUCUUUCACCAUAAUGCCGCUGCGGUUUAUCAAGGCCGUCUAUAUAUUGGUUGAGUCAUGGGUGAUGAACCUGGGAGCUGAGAUUCGGUUCAUUUGGAAAUUUGUGCUGAAUGGGAUUGGUCGAGUAUGGCGCAGGAGGAAUCAUAAUGCGAAGGAGGACGAGCGCGGAAGACGCGAAAGCGAAUCUGAGGCCACUCCUCACCUGCCUCCGGGCUCUUCCUCGGGGCCAGAUAUAGCGCCAAGAAGGAAGCAUCGGUCCUCUGAAUCCCGUAAAUAUCACCAUCGGCGGAAGAAGUCGAUGCCGUCGGCGCUACUUCCAGACGAUAAAGCGGAUAUUCUGACAGGCCUGCUGAUGAUAGCGACGUGCUGCGUCUUGAUGUACUUCGAUGCAAGUCGAAUGUACCACUGGAUUCGUGGACAGGCUGCUAUCAAGCUAUACGUUAUCUACAAUGUGUUGGAGGUCAGCGACAGGCUCUUGGCUGCCAUAGGCCAAGAUGUCCUCGAGUGUCUCUUCUCGCGGGAGGCUCUUGAGCGUCGUCCGGACGGCCGAAGCAAGAUCAUCCGUCCAUUCUGGUUGUUCCUGGUGGCACUAGUUUACACAGUAUCCCAUGCAUUGUCUCUGUUCUACCAGGUCAUGACACUGAAUGUGGCAGUGAACUCAUACUCCAACGCACUUAUUACGCUACUUUUAUCAAACCAGUUCGUGGAGAUCAAAUCCACCGUCUUCCGCAAGUUCGAAAAAGAGAACCUCUUCCAGCUUACCUGCGCGGACGUCGUGGAACGAUUCCAACUAUGGCUGAUGCUUACAAUCAUCGCCUCGCGUAAUAUCGUGGAAACGGGCGCGUUCAAUUUCGUCGGCAAUCUUGGACUGGCAUCUAGCUUCCCUGGCCAGUCCUCUACAAUCACGAACAGCACACCGUUAUCCACACCUCCACGCACAGCAUCAUCCAUCCUCCCCCAAGCAUUCACGCUCUUCCCAUCCUCAAUCCUCUCAUCCUUCAACAGCGUGAACUCCUUCAUCCCAACCCUAGCCCAAGUCCUAGGUCCAUUCCUAGUCGUACUAGGCUCAGAGAUGCUAGUAGACUGGCUGAAACACGCCUACAUCAACAAAUUCAACAACAACCGCCCAGCAAUCUACGGCCGAUUCCUCGACGUCCUAGCAAAGGACUACUACACCAACGCCUUCGGCGAACAAAACCUAACCCGUCGAAUUGGCCUCCCAGUCAUCCCGCUCUCCUGUCUCUUCUUCCGAGUCUCCGUGCAAACAUACCAAAUGUUCCUGGCAGCCCUCCUCCCCCAACACCCAUCCUCAACAGCAAUGGGCGCAACAUCCCUAACCUCAAUCCACAACAACUACGCCCCCUCCCCAGUCCCCUCCGCCCCACCCUUAACACUCGCUACCCUCCUCCCAGCCUCCGCCGCCCACGUCAGCGCGCUGUUCCGCACCCUCCUCGAAAACGCAAUCCCGUCACCAGCACAGUCUGUCCGUAUCUUCACCGGCAUCUUACUACUGACAGCAUUCAUCGUGCUACUCAUCUUGAAACUCCUGCUGGGAAUGGGGUUACUUGCGUUUGCGCGGUCGCGAUACAGUAAGAUGAAGAGUCGCGAGAGCGAGCGGAAACAGUCCCCGAAUAACCAGGCUGGUACUGAGAGUGGGGCGCCUCGUACUCGGGAUUACUAUGUUGAAGGGAGUCAGCGUGUUGGUGGGUGGGGUGUUGUUGAAGUUGGGGAUGAGAAGAGGAGGUUGAUUUAUGCAGAUGAUCUGGAUGGGUUGAGGAAGUUGAAGGAGAAGGAGGAGAAAGAUAAGAGUAAGGAUGGGGAGUUUAAUGUUGAUCAUGUACAGCGAUAUGAGAUGAUUGCCAAGAAGAUUUGGUGA